AUGGCUAGUGAAAAACCAGUGUCAGGAGCGCAAGCUUCAAGUUUGGCGAGUUCCCAGGCUUUGCAACCUGCUGAGGAUGAAAAUGCGAAGUCAUGUUGGGUGUGUUUUGCCACGGAGGCUGAUGAUAGAUUGGCGGCGUGGGUCCAGCCUUGUAAGUGCAUCGGGACCACAAAGUGGGUGCAUCAAAGUUGUCUGCAGCGGUGGGUGGACGAAAAGCAAAGAGGUAACAUAACUCGGAAAGUGCUGUGUCCCCAGUGCAAGGCAGAAUAUAUCGUUGUGUUCCCGUCUAUGGGUGCAUUUGUAGCACUCUUAGAUGCCAUGGAAGAGAUCACUCACAAGAUUUGCCCGUUCAUCGCCGGAGGAGUACUCCUAGGCUCCAUUUAUUGGAUCGCGAUCACGUAUGGAGCUGUCACCGUUAUGCAGGUAGUGGGUCACAGGGAAGGACUGGAGAUGAUGGAGUCAGCAGAUCCCCUGGUGCUGCUGGUCCUACUGCCGACUAUACCAGUGACGCUGAUCAGCGCUAAAAUGUAUAACUGGGAGGAUUCCGUCUUGCUCUUCCUGAGGAAGUACUGCUCGAAGAUACCCGCCCUCUCUUACAUACUGCCGUUUGGCAAUGUGGAAGGCGACAGAGGUACUUUGGUGGGCCACAACAACCAGCAUCAGACGAACAACUCGCAUCUAUCACCGACACGGAUCUUCUGCUCGGCACUCCUACUGCCAACCAUCUCCACUAUAAUAGGCAAAAUAUUCUUCCGUUCCAUACAAAAUAACCUACACAGAACAAUACUAGGCGGUAUCACCUACAUAACUAUAAAAGGAGCGUUAAAAAUCUAUCACAGACAAAUGUUGUACAUUCGACACUCGAGUAGGAAAAUUUUAGACUAUACAGAGUCAAAUCUGAAGUUGUAUAGAAGUGCCGCCACUUCCACCACAACAGAUGCCAUAUCCAGUACGCGAGAUGACACGGAACAAGUCGUUUAA